ACAUAUACUACGUCUAAUAUUGAGGCUACUUCGCCUUAACAAUGACAUCAUGCCAGGUAACAUCGAAAAAUGUAAGUCAUUGGUCACAGACCAUAACACGACGCGCGCGCAUCGGUCGUCGCGCUGUCCAAACCUCGCGGAACUUCGGGAAACCACGGAAAAGUGAACACCAGUAUGUGGACGCGAGUGUGAUUAUGAAAAUUGGAAACAGUGUUUUAAAAAAUAAAUAAAAGGAAUAAUUGACAUAUUAUUUAAAUUUCAGUGGAUCGAAUGCAGCCGAUGAGCCAUGGCGUUCAACACGACACGAGAAGCCAAGUUAAUGGCGAGAAGAAGGCUGAUGAUCGCCUUCUUUGCUGGGGUGCUCAGCAUCAUCACAUCUGCGAUAUUGAUGGCCAUCAAUCCCGUCCACAUCAUAGCUAAGUUUCAAACCCGCAUAGCUCCCAACUCCCUCCCAUACCACCUACUCCAGUCCGAGGUGGAAGGGGUCCACGUGAAGGCGUACCUCUUUAACGUCACCAACCCCGUGGAGUUCCUGAGCGGGAUGGACCGUAAAAUGAAGAUGCAGGAAAUCGGCCCUUUUAGCUACAAAGAACUUCGCUCAAACGACGAUUUAGAGCUAGACUUGAACGAAGGUGUGGUGCGAUAUACGCCCAACGUGAAUGUGGAGUUCGUUCCUGAGGAGUCUAUCGGGCGCCCAGAGGACAUUCAUGUCACCAUACCUAACAUUGCUAUGCUGAGCAUGACAGCCAUGAUGUCCUCAUACCCGUUCUGGACGCGGCUCGGAUACAACGCCUUGCAGAAGCAGGUCGAAUCACGAGCGAUCAUAACUGUCUCGGCACACGAGUACUUGUGGGGGUACGACGAAGCCCUCAUCACUAUGGGGAACACGUUCAUGCCCGGUUGGAUACACUUCUCCAAGAUGGGCAUUAUGGACAGGUUAUACGAUAAGACGGUCCCAAACCGACUGGAAGUCGGUGCCACAGAUACUGAUAAGUUUGAGAUUAAGUCCAUGAACGGGCUUAGUGGACUGAGGCCGUGGGGAUACGAGGAUAAUACGACCAGAACAAAAUGCAACACCUUCAUCAACGCGUACGAGGGCGUGGCUUACCCGGACGAUUUGACUCCUGACACGGAACUCCGGAUCUUCCGGAACGUUCUAUGCCGGUUCUUGGAGCUGGACUAUCAGGAGCAAAUCACCAUGGACUUCGGCGCUGAUGCGUUGGUGUACAAGAUCAGUAACCGGACGUAUUCGCCAGGGAAGGACAACGAGUGUCUCUGUGGCAAGGGGAUUUGUAUGGACGGAUUGUCGGAUCUCUCGCCGUGUUUUUAUGGUCUGCCUCUCGCCAUGUCCAACGCGCACUUCUUGAACGCGCCCCCUGAAAUGUACGAGCGGAUUGAGGGCCUGCAACCGGACGAGGCCAAGCAUGGCGGACGGUUCCUCAUUGAGCCGCAAAUCGGAGCCGUCAUAGAGACAGAGUUCACAGUGCAGGUGAACAUCGUGAUGGGAGAUGUCAGCUUCAACGAUGAUGCCAAAGCCAUGUCCGGCAUGGUUGUGCCCGUUGGAUACUUUAAAAUUAUACUCCCAGCUCUGCCUGAACACACCAAAGACCAACUCAAUUUGAUGUACAAAACCGGCCCUGCCAUCUUCUUAGCGGUUGAGAUAUCACUGUACAUCCUCGGCGCCCUUCUCAUCACCUAUUCCUUCGUUCAAGUUUUCAGAACGUGGCUCUGCGCUGAUGAGAGGGCUAUUGAGUACCAGACCCCGAGUGAUGAGAAGAAGGCGACGAUAUUGUGCGUUCCGUUGAUGGACUUUGAUUCUAAAAGCAAUAGUUUUAUGUGAUAGUUGAGGAUACAGCAGUGUCAUCAUAGAACAACGAAUAUAAUGCAUUUAGAAAGCGAAAAUUGAACAAUAGAAUAUAAUUUCGUUGUAUGCCUUUCUAUCGCCCGAAUAUGCGAUGUUCAUAUUUAAGCUUCCAGUAGGCAGGAAACCUUAUGGGUGAAAUACAGCAUGGACUUUUGGACAUGCUAAAAGUGAAGUUUUAGAAUACUACUACUAACGUUGUGAAUAUUUUUUGCUCAAAACAAGUUGCAAUUGAGUGAAAAUUUUCGUUUUAUGGAUUAAAAGAAGCUUACAAAGUAACUCUGCCUCACUCUGUAUAAUCGCCGUAACUACAAUUGAAAGAUUCAUUAAGAGUCCGCAGCAAGCUCUGCCAAAUUUCACCAUCCCAUACAAACGGAGUUUCUUUCUCAUUUUAAAACUAUGCUGGUUUGUAAUUAAACUUUUCCAAUACAAUGACAUGAGUUAUAUCUAUGCCUGUAAUUAGUUUAUAUAGCUCCAGCUUUUAAGACAAACGAAACAGAGCAAAAACAAGUUUUGUAUGAAAAACUUAAAUUCGCUGUUUUUUUUAACUAUCUUAUACCUUUAAACGAGCAAUUCUUGUAUAUAUAUAUAUGUAUAUAUAUUUCUGUGAUCUCGGAAACGGCUCUAACGAUUUCGCUGAAAUUUGGUAUAUAGGGGUUUUUGGGGGUAUACAAUCUAUCUAGAUUAGUCUUAUGUUUGGGAAAACGCGUGUUUUCCAGUUUUCAUGCGUUUUUCUUUCGACGCAGAAUAUGGUCGCUAAUUUCGUGUUGCCGGCCACUGUCCGUCUGGUCCAGCGGGUUAAGACGCCGACUGCUAAACGAGUGUUACGGGUUCGAAUCUCGCCCGGUAACUAACUUUUGUUAUUUUUUUAUAAAUUUGUAAAAAAAUGUAGUUAAGAUUAUCACCUAUAGACCACCAUAUUACAAUAAAUAGUUAUAACCGAGCAAAGCUCGGUCGCCCAGGUACUGCUAUCUGAAGCUACAUAAACUAAUUGAUUAUCUUAUUGUUAGUACAAAGUUAUAGGUAGGUACAGAGCAAUCUAGCUAUUCGUUUAAAAUAGAGAGCGUAACUCCGUUCUUAUGGAGAACCGAGAUAGCUGCGGACUCUUAAAUAGUUUAAUAAUUCUCGCGUAAUAAUUCCAAAUUGAAACUUAUUUUCCAAAUGCUGAUAGGAAGGAAACUUAGGUGUGGCAAAUCUGGCAUUUUUGUUGAAAGCAGAUUUGCAUUGGAAGUAUGGAUGUUGAAACUUUUUUUUACCUAUGAUUUGUACCGAGUGGGACUGAACAGGAGUAUAAAUUUAAACGGGUAUCUUAAUAUUGCACGUCGUUCAAAAUAAACUGAAGAUUUUUUCAAGUAAAUAAAAUUAGGAAGCCAAUUAAAAAAAACCAACCAAUUUUUUUUUAAUCUUUUGCUCUUGUUAGAAUACCCACUCUGUAUAUACGCUGGUAGGUGCUAGCUGUAACGUAGAACUAUGUCAUAGUUAUGAAGGUGCGUGUAAAUGUUUGACAAGCAAGCCACAUAAGUAGAGCAAAGAGCAUAUAAUGAAGUAGAGAGCGAAUUUGAAGUAGCGAUCUCAAUAUUAAUAUGGACAUGACUGGUAUAAUUUAUUAUUUUUUCUAGACACAAAAAUAAUGUAACUUAUCGGAACAAAAAAAUAAAAAUCUUUUUGGAAGCUUUCAUAAAUAUUGGGCAAAAAUUGUAAAGAUAAUUAAUAAAAACAUCGUUUGUUAAUUUUUAAAAAAGUUUAUUUUUUUAAGUUCUUCUUUAAUAUUUCUUCUGCACAUGCAUAGUAAAAUAAAUAUUAUGACUCAAAGAAAUGAAAAAUAAAAAUAUCUCGAUUCUACAAUGCUCACAGAACAAUUCAUUAGUUUCGAGGUAGUUUAUUGGUUCUUCCUCGCUAACGAAGUCAAAGCAAUAAUGACACCUACUCACUUACACUGCAUUUUAAGCAUACACCGUCGAAAAAUACAUUUUCAAUUUUUCAUCCGUUAUGUUCACCGUCCACAAUGGUAACGAUUUUAAAAACAGUUUUAUAUUUAAAUCUCUUGGCAAUUCUAGUAAAAAAAAAAACAUUGUUUGCAAAUUGGCAUCUAAACCAAGAAAUCCAUAAUAUUAACUGAACUCGCGUUAUUUAACGAAACACUUUGGAUUAACUGAGCACAAAAAUAUAUUUAAAGAAUUACAAUUAAUGGGUCAUUGCUGUUACGACGAUGUUUUCAGACUGCCAUGGUUACAUACAUUUUAAAUUAUUCUAUUUUACUGUGACAUAGUUCUAAAACCAAAUAGAAAAUAAUUCAAGAAAACUAAACCAUAAAUAAAACCUUUUUGUAAUGCGGAGCAGAAUAUUUCACAGUUACAAAAAAGGUUUAUGUAAGUAUUUGUAUUUUAAAUUAACUGUACAGAGGUCAAACAUUGACAUAAAUAAUUUAUGAAGCCGCAUAAUGAUAAUGAAUGUUUUUAACAAAUUGCACUAGUCAUAUCCAUAUUAUUCCAAAUCCGCUCUCUACACCUAAGCAUAACAUGUGACUUUACCAACCACUCAUGAAAUCUACUGUUGUGCUGUGCUGUCGAAAAGUUUUCAAAAUUACGAAAUUUGUACAUGAAAUACUUUUGAUACAGUCCUCAAGUUUCACAUAUGUAAUUAAAACGCACCAAAAGUUUUUAAAUAUACCUAUAACUUCGUUUUUUCUUAUUAGACUGUAAACAGUCUUGACGUUUCUUAUUAUUGAUUAUUUUUUAAACACUUUUGAAAAA